CAGAAUAGCAUUAUGCACCAACUAUAUUGUGGAACGACAUAAAUAAUAAUAAUAGCAAGAAUAACAUAAUAGUAAUAUUUAAUGAAUAUUCUACGACAGUGCUAACGACAGAUCUGUUCUCAAAUUUUAUGUACAUAUUUACGAGUGGAGAAAUAAUAGAAAAUAUCCAAAUAAUUAACUUUCUGAAAUUUCGAAUAACCAAAAUACAAUUUUGACAGAACCAAAAAUGGCAGUUGAGCAAAAUAACUGUGACGUAUCAAAAGUUAUUGUCCAAGUGAAUGAAGAUAAUCAAACCGAAAAUGAAGGACAUCAACGCAAAAUAAAAAAAGUUUUGCACUUUUCGGACGGAGAUCUCGUAGAGUACAAUGAUGAUGAAGUGGAUGACUCCAAGGAGGAUGGUCAAACGGUAGUAGUCGACCCAAAAACUCUGGAGUGGAUUCCGUGGAUCUGGCAUCAGACAACGUGCUUUAGUUGUAAAGUUCUAGAAAGUUGUGACUACGUUGGCGAAGCCUUGGCAGACUUUUUUGGAAUAACGUCGCCGAAAUACCAAUUUGAGAUCAAUGAAUAUAAUAGACUGCAGAGAAUUCUUACUGCCGAGAGAGAAAAAGAGCAGUUGCAGAUGGCCGGAUGGACCGAGCAACAAGGGGAAGAUCUCAUAAAAACCAGCCAACCCGUAACUAGACUAUAGGCUAUUCACAUUCUCCGUAAAACAUUAUUUUUCGACACUUCGUGCCUAUGAAACGCCUUUUUCUGCCAUUGUGAGGAAUAAUUGCGGUCGUCACUCAGUCGACAAAAAUUUCUGAUGAGUUUGAUUACAAUAUUCGAAGCUUCCUCGGUCCGUAGCCUUGCACCCAUCGGAUUUUUUUAGUGUUUUAACAUUGAAAACAAAAUGUUAAGGUCUGUAAUAUAAAAAUUUUCAGGGUGGGCGUCUCGAGCUACUUUUCACUAUUACAGCUGCCCGAGUUGCAGUACCAUCCGAGUGUAAAAAAAAAUUCUUCUCCAUAAUAAAUAAUAAAAGGGGAAGAAAGUUCAAACGUGAAAAAGUUAAAUCUACCAAAAUUUGAUGACUGUACAAAUUAACAAGUUGCGAACGAACCAUCACUAUAUUAUAGAGGCCUUGAAAAAUUGCUAAUACAAUCGUUCAACAACAAAUUGAAGACCAAAUCGGUCCAUCCUAGCCGUGGUUUCUUUGAAUUUUUCCUAUAGUUUUCAUAAUAUUUAUUUAGUUUUGUAGUUCGAAAUUUGAAGUUUUCGAGUCAAUAGUUUACUGAAUAAAAAUGUUGGGGUGCUGUCUUAAGCACUCAUCUUGUAGCUUUAUUGAAAUAAAAACCUCCAUACAAUCA